GGUUCGGUCAUGUGUUUACGUCAGCUUGCUGUGUAGCAAGAAUUAUAAUUGAAAAAAGUAGUUAAUUAAAAAUGGUUUUGAAGGAAGAAACAUUUGAAUCGCUUUCACAAGAAUUUAUAAAGAAUCACCUAGAAUUAACUGCUUUGAUUCAGGAUAUACACCAAUGUCUUGGCCCUUUAGAAUAUUUGAAUGAACUUAAUGGCGACGGCCGAGCACUCAUAACAACUCUCAGGAAUAACAUUGAUAGAUUGAUUGAUAUAGUUGAACGAGAGCGUGCUAAACAUAAAAAAGCCGAAUUAUUGUCAGUUAUAGAAAAUUAUCGUAGUCAAUUGAACACAGCUAUGGCAGCUUUUCGUAAGGCAAACUUUGUUAGUUCUUGUGCAAUAGACAGAUUGGCCAGGGACGAGUUAUUGUCUGCACCAUCGGAGAAACAGAAUUUGCUGCGAAAAAGAAAAGACAGAGAUAGUUUAGCUAAGACCUCACAUAAUCUAACAGAUAGGUUACUAGAUAUAUCAAGACAUUUGGCUGAAACAAAUCAAAGAAGUGCAGAAACAUUAGAUACAUUAGUUAUAUCAUCCGAAAAAGUUUCUGGUACAAAGAAAGAACUUGAACAGCAACAUCAAGUCAUCGUACAAUCAGGAAAGUUGUUAGGAAAAUAUGGCAGAAGGGAAAUCACAGAUAAAGCUUUAAUAUUUUUGGCUUUCAUGUUUUUCUUAGCUGUUGUAUUUUAUAUACUACAAAAAAGGUUACUUUAAUGUUUUUUUUUCUUGUGAGCUUACAAACUUAUAACUACACAGCAACAGACUUAAAUUAAAUUUAAAAAGUGAUACUUGCUUAAUAAGAUUUUGUAAACUUAUUUUAAAACAAGAUUAUCUACAGGUGAAGAAAACUUGUUUACAUAAAUGUAUGUCAACUAGAAGAAGUUAUGAGUUAAGUUUAUUAAAUUAAGGGGAUUGCAUAAAAGAAAGUUCAAGGCUUAGUAAUCAUUGUAAAUAAAGCAUCUAAUGGGUUUCAAUAACAGUCAUGAAGCUUAAAUAAAGAAAUUGACUUUUUAAAAUGAAGUUAGAUUGUCAAAUUCAAUUUUUUAAAGAAUCAAUUGUAUAUUUACAAUUGAAAUCAAACAUGUAUGUGAUAGUACAAAUUAAAUAUUGACUUUGAUUGAUUGAUUAAAAGAAUUUUACCUAGAAACAAAUAAAAAGUCAUUUUUAUAA